AUGAGUGAGCGAGAUACUCCAAAGAAGACCGUCAACAAAGGAAGAAGGCAAAAACCUUUGUCUGUGAAUGAUUUUUGCAGGUUGUGUAAAUGUCCUUUGAAAUUGAAAUUCGGAAAUUUUGAGAAAACCUCAUACGUAUCUUCUGAACAGCUUUUCAAGCCACCAUAUAGGAAAGAUUGUAGUGAGAAGACUUUGUGUGAACUGCUGACGGAGUUAAAUAUAUUCGUUGAAAGGAAAGCAGAGUUAUCUGAACGGGUUUGCAAAUCUUGUGGUCGGAAAAUACGCAAUGCAAACGGCCUGUUUGCGUGGAUAAUUUCUUUGGUCAACGUGCCUAAUUUUGACGAUGAAAACCCUAGCAGAGAGAAACGACUAUUACCGACAACAGUAGAUAGCCCUGAACGCAGUCCGCAAGCAAAAAAACAACCGAAACCUUCAAUCGAAAGAAGGAGAUGCGCCAAAAAAUCAUUGUUUUCAAACGACAAUAUUAGGGAUUCAGAAUCAAAAACAACCGAAGGUGAUGCCGACGAAAAUAAUGAAAAAUAUGAUGGCGCUGCCGAUAAUUUUCUAGCGGCAAUGAACAUCGAACAGCUUGUUCACCAAAAAACGACCACCCAAGUAAAAGUUGUCAUUGCUAGUCCCAAUGGUCGGGUGCAGAAAAGCCAUGAAUUUGAUGACAUAACGAAAUCGUUAAUAGUAAACGUCGUGAAUAAAAAAUGGAAAACUGUUGCGAACGUAUUUUACAAACAUCCAUGUUUGCGAAAGGAAUUGUUUGAGCCACUGAGAAAAGCAGUUGCCGCUGAAUUUAAGAUGUAUUGCAGCAAUAGUUCGGAAUCAAUGAUGAAACAGAAUAGUCCUGAGGACUUGGAAUAA